UGCAUCUGCAUGUCACAUGAGAGGGGAGUUUUGUUUUGUGAUGAUUAUUUACUUUUGCAUUGCAAAAAAAAGAAAAAAAAUUAGAAUACCACCGUAAAAGUUGUGAAUUCCGUGGAAAUGUCUAGCUCGGACCAAAUUGAGGAUGAGGAAGUGCAGGAAAUACUUAAAACGGGCACCGAUUUACGCCAGUACUCGGCCCAGAUCGAGAAGGAAUUCAAGGAAGUUGAAAAUCGUUCCAUUGAAGACUACAUCAAGGAGAGUCAAAACAUUGCCAGUCUGCACAACCAAAUCGGGGACACGUCGAACAUUCUGGAGAGGAUGGAAUCGAUGCUGAUGGACAUCCAGGAUGCGCUGAACAACAUCAGUACCGAAAUUACGACAUUGCAGAAAAAAUCCGUCUCGAUGUCGGUGCAGCUGACCAAUCGGCAGUCGGUUCGGGCUCAGCUAUCGCAGUUUAUUGAAGAUAUGGCAGUGCCGGAGGAAAUGAUAACAACAAUUAUGGACACAGCUGUAACCGAGAAAGAAUUCCUAAUUCAUCUAAAUGAACUGAAUCACAAGCUCAGUUUGAUAAAGGAGCUCAAUUUCAAGGAGUCGAAAUCGUCGCAAGAUGUUAGCGAUGUGCUGCAAAAACUGAAAAUCAAGGCAAUGACCAAGCUGAGGGUAUACUUGAUGGAGCAAAUCUACAAGUUCCGCAAACCAAUGACCAACUACCAGAUUCCGCAGAAUGCCAUGCUAAAGUUUAAAUUUUUCUUCGAGUUCAUACUUUCGAACGAGCGAAUGGUUGCGCAAGAAAUAUGCAACGAAUACAUCGACACGAUGAGUAAGAUCUACUACAGCUACUUCAAGAGCUACUCGACCCGGCUGGGGGCUCUCAAGUUCGAGGAAGCCGUGUCCAAAGACGACCUGAUGGGCCUGGAAGACACCGUAACGAGGAGCAUUUUCUCCAAGACCAGUUCCCUCAAGAACAAGAGCACGGUUUUCUCGAUCGGUGAUCGCGGUGACGUUCUGAACCAGCAACUGGAAGCACCGAUUAUAGUUCCGCACGCCCAGCAAAAGAUUCGUUAUCCGUACGAGUCCCUGUUUCGGUCGGAGCAGUACGCCCUAGUGGACAAUGCUUGCCGGGAGUAUCUGUUCGUAACAGAGUUUUUCAUUGUGCGAGGCCCUCAAGCCCAGGAACUGUUCAAUCAGAUAAUGGGCAAAACGAUGGCGUUGUUGAUUAAAACACUCGAGUCAUACGUACAGGACUGUUACGAUACUAUUGCCCUUUUCCUGUGCAUUCAACUGUGUCUGCGCUACCAGCUGAUGUGUCAUAAGCGAUGCGUCCCCGCUUUGGACAGAUACUGGGACAAUCUACAAGCAGUAAUUUGGCCACGUUUUGAACAUGUUUUUCGUAUGAACAUCCAAAGCAUUCAGGAGUGCGACCCCACUAAGUUCCCCAAAGAAACUGGCCCGCAUUAUAUUACCCGCCGGUAUGCGGAAUUUUCCGCUGCCAUUGUCGGAAUUUCGGAAAACUUCCCCAACGAAUUGGUGAGCCAUCUGCUGUUGGAGCUGCAAGAGGAAGUGAAAUGUUUCAUGCUUCGUAUGGCAGCAAUUUUUACCACCCGUAAAGAGCAACUUAUUUAUCUGAUCAACAACUAUGACCUGGUUCUGGGCGUCCUGAUGGAACGAACCCGGGACAAUUCGAAAGAGGCCGAAGCAUUCCGCGAGCUGCUCAGCACUCGCAGUUCCGAAUACGUCGAAGAAAUUCUGGCGCCACAUCUCGGUGGUAUCAUCCAGUACGUGAAGGACUGCGAGCAGAUGCUGGAGAAAGAACACACCGAGGAGUUCAAGCGUCAAGAGCGACGUUCGUUGCAAUUGGUAGCGAAUUUCUCGACCAAUUGGAAAAAAUCCCUGGAGGAACUGAACCGCGAGGUAUUUUUGUCAUUCCCAUCACUUGUGACCGGAGCGCAGCUACUGCAGUUGGCACUGGCCCAGCUGGUACAGUACUAUCACAAAUUCUACAAGCUUUUGACUCCGAGUGCACGAGCUCAACUCGUCAACAUCCACGUUAUUAUGAUUGAAAUCAAAAAGUAUAAAAGUAAUUAUUAAGGAACAAGGCAAAUUAUAUAAUGUAGCAGAAUAGAAUUCAAAUCAGUAUAUUUAUUUUAUUAUUUUAGAAAAUAUAUAAGUAUGACACUUUUCCAGUUUAA